AGUUCACAUCAUGUGCAUGGCAAGAGUACCUGAGAAUUACAGUUGUAGAAGAGUUUUUCCAAAGUGUUGGGUCCAAGGGGUAUUGACACAAAUGAGGUGUUAGGAGAGUUAAUGUUGAAAUCAAAGCAGCUGAUACUUGUGUGUAUCUGUUUGUGUAUUAUAAGUAUCUUGUUGACCAGUAAUUGAGGUUCGUCUAGAACAUAAGGUAAUGAAUUUUAAGUCCUGCAUAUUUUGUCUGUGAUUUAGAGAUGAGCUUAGGUCCCACUCUUUCUAUAAGCUUUGCACCAGAGAAAUUUUCUUUUCCAAAUCAUAUCCUGAUAUUCCAUUAGCAUAGUUGUUAGUAAGUCUCCAUUUUCAGUUCUGUCAUUGUUCACCUCUUGUGCCUGCAAAAUAAAUCAGUUUUGCUUCUCACCCAAACGUACUGUUUUAUGAGUAGGUAGCACUAUCUUAAACAGCUUUUAUCAAUUAAUAGAUUAAUGCUGAGCUACUUUUUUCCAGUGUUUAAUAAAUACUGCUUUGGAUAAGUCAACAAGCACAUCUAGCUAGAGUCUUCUCUCAAAAGUGACUGGAGUAAUGAAUAUGAGUUGAAUGAUCAUAUUGUUAGAUUUUGCUUUUCAUGAAAUUAUGUUCUUUUAGUGAAAGUUUAUGUCCCAUAGAAACUAGGAAAGAGUCUACUUAUCAGAGUAGAAGGUUUUUGGAGUGUAAAUGUUUGUCUUCCAUAGAUUGCAUAAACAUUAGGUGUUCUCUUGAUUUGCUUAGACUUGAAUAUAUCAAUAGCUGGUGUAAGCUUGAGUUCAGCCUUAGGACCCCAACUUCCUGCCAUUUGUACUCUGCUCUUUGAGCUGUGGUGGCAUUCUGACUAAAUGUAAAGAAGACCCUGCUGAAUUUCAGGACCUGAAAUGAAAGCUUUGUUACCUCCUUUCUUUCCUCUCUACCCAGGAAUGUGUUGCUGUAGGCACCCUUUUCAGGAAAGCCACCAGGAGAAUUCCCCAUUCCUUCCUCUGGCUAUUUUGAGCUUUACCCACACUGCACUGUUCAGCCCUUUAUGUAACCACCUCCUGGCCCUGCUUGCUCUCACCUGGCAGAACUGGCCAGGCUUUCAAAUACUCUGCCUCAGAGUACCCCUGUUAACAUGCACACACAGCAGUUUGCAGUGGAUGGCCCCCUCAAUCCCACCUGGAAAACACACCUCCAAGAAGACCUCAGCACACCACUGGCAGGGAGAAGUGCAGGGCAGCUCCAGUACAGCACUUGGGCCAGUUACUCAUUUUGUGUGAAACCAGGCUCUGCCACCCCAAGAGCUUGCCAAGAUGUGUGACAUGGGGGGACUCGACAACCUGAUUGCCAACACGGCCUACCUCCAGGCGAGGAAGAGUGGAGAGGCAGACACCAAGGAGAUGCAAAAGAGACGUAAGAGCCUUUCACUGCCCAAACUUGACCAAUGCAAAGAGCAGAGAGAGUCCAUUGUUGCUGAUUAUGAAAGCAUCUGUGAGCAGCAGCCCAUUGGCAAGAAAUUCUUCAGAGAUUUCUUAGAGACAGUGCCAGAAUAUUUGGUAGCUAGGGACUUCCUGGAUGAGGUAUCAAACUGGGAGCUGGCAGAGGACAGCAUCAAGAACAGUACCAUGGAAAAUAUGGUCACCAAUUUUCUUAAGGAAGGCUCCAAAAACUAUCUGUCUUUCAUGAGCUCUGACUUGGUCAGCAAAUGCCAGGCAGCUACUGCAAAAGACUAUGAGAAUGUCAUGCAGCUGGCCAAGGAAGAAACCAAAGUCUUCCUUAAAGACAAGCCCUUCCAGGAUUUCCAGACCAGCCCCUUCUAUGACAAAUUCAUCCAGUGGAAAGUUUUUGAGAAGCAACCGGUAACUGAUAAAUACUUCUAUGAGUUCCGAGUGCUGGGCAAAGGUGGCUUUGGAGAGGUUUGUGCCAUCCAGGUGAAGAAUACUGGCAAGAUGUAUGCCUGCAAGAAACUGGAUAAAAAAAGGUUGAAAAAGAAAAGUGGAGAGAAGAUGGCACUGCUGGAGAAAGAGAUCCUGGAGAAGGUCAACAGCCCUUUCAUAGUCACACUGGCUUAUGCCUAUGAGAGCAAAACCCAUCUGUGUCUUGUUAUGAGCCUCAUGAAUGGAGGGGAUCUGAAGUAUCACAUCUACAACGUGGGAGAACGGGGUUUGGAAAUGAAGAGGAUCAUCUAUUACUCAGCUCAGAUCACCUGUGGGAUUCUGCAUCUCCAUUCCAUCAACAUUGUGUACCGGGAUAUGAAACCAGAGAAUGUCCUCCUGGAUGAUAAUGGGAAUUGCAGACUGUCUGAUCUUGGAUUGGCAGUGCAAGUCAAAGAGGGAAAACCCAUCACUCAGAGGGCUGGGACAAAUGGUUAUAUGGCUCCAGAAAUCCUGAAGGAAGAAGACUACAGCUAUCCUGUGGACUGGUUUGCUAUGGGCUGCUCUAUUUAUGAGAUGGUUGCUGGACGAACGCCAUUCAAGGAUUUCAAAGAAAAGGUCAAUAAGGAUGAGGUUAGAAGAAGAACUCUGGAAGAUGAGGUGAAAUUUGAACAUGCCAGCUUUACAGAGGAAGCGAAAGAUAUUUGCCGACUGUUUUUGGCUAAGAAAAAAGAGGACCGUUUAGGGAGCAGAAAUGCAGACGAUGACCCAAGAAAACAUAAUUUCUUCAAAACGAUAAAUUUCCACAGGCUAGAGGCAAACCUUAUUGACCCUCCAUUUGUGCCAGAUCCAUCAGUUGUCUAUGCCAAAGAUAUUGGAGACAUUGCUGACUUCUCUGAAGUACGAGGAAUUGAGUUUGAUGACAAAGAUAAGAAGUUCUUCAAAAGGUUUGCGACAGGUGCUGUCCCUAUCCCCUGGCAGGAGGAGAUCAUUGAAACGGGACUGUUUGACGAACUGAACGAUCCCAACAGGGUCGAGUCCGGAGGUUACGCCAACGGAGGCGAAGCUAAGUCAGGAGUUUGUUUGUUGUUGUAAAUAUCGUCUCGUUAUCAAAGAGUAGAAACCACCUCCGAACUUUUCCGUGUUCUGACGCUGUGUCAGAAACUCAGUGCACCUGUUUGAGAAGAACCAACCAGUGUAAUGUGACAUUGGCAGGCUGUGUAGGACGACCAGCUGUAUAGACUGUAUUAUUUAUUAUUUAUUAUUUGCCUUUGUUCUAACAAAGGAGAUAAUAUUUUUGUGUUAUUGGAGAUGUAUCAAAUGAAGAACCGUAAUUCUCCAAGAAACUUAGAAUAGAAAUUCUGGAAUACAAAAAAGCAGUGAUAGAGUGAAGAGGCAACAGCUUUUGAAAAUGACUGAUUACCAUUUUGAAUACAAUGAUUUGUUGGUUUUCUUUCUUUUUUCUUGUUAUUUCUACUAACAUUUCCUUGUUCUGCAGUUUUCAGGAAGGAUUUUUUAAUUUUCGAGUAAUAUUCUCAGUUAGACAGUGGAGCUCACGUAACAUGUCAAACUUGGAAUCUUAUUGGUUAGCCAGUCUGUCUGUUGUUUUCUUAAGUUCUGUUAGUUUUUGGAUGGUUUGACUGUAAUAUGUUCAAGUUGUCAUAAAAUAUAAAGAAAGCUCUACAUAUCAUUAGAAAAUAAGAACGACACGAUCAGACUAUUUUCAAAGUUGAUUUUAAUGAAGUGAAGAUAAGAUUGCACCAAAUCUAAUGGAAUAAAGCAUUUAUUUAUUAUUA